ACAUCGUAACAAAUCAGUCCUCAUCAACAAACAUACCAAUGAAGAGAGAGGGUCGACAACACGGCGUGGUUCGGAGCUACCCGACCCUCCCGCCGGAUCCCUUAUCGCCCUAUGAUCAACAAAGUAGACGGCAUGUGAAAACCAUUGAUUCGGCCUUAGUGAAGGGGGUAUUCACCAAAGUGUCAAGGAAGCCUACGAAUCAGUCCAAGUUCACUGGAAAGUGCGGUAAGGCACAGUGCCUCGGUUGUCAUAUUCAUCCGGCAACAAAGUCGAAAGACAAGACCAAAGGUACAAUGAAGAUGCGAUCAAUCGGGUCGGAUCAUGGACAGAUCGGUUAUCCUGUUGGUACUUCGGCCACCGGUGUACUUGCUGACUUAGCCGGCGGUAUUGAUGAUUACAUUGAUGAUAUGGUAUUUGAGGAUUUUGUUAAUGAUCGUUAUUAUUCUGGCACGUUGGGGAUAUAUAACGUACAAUUAAUAGAAUUGAAACCAACAACUCAAUAAUGUAUGAAUUCAGGUUAUAUACUACUGUACAAAGGACGAUGACAAAGUAACUUGCAUUAAAAGGGAUUGUUUAGGUACACUUUUACAGAACAAAUAAGAUGGAAAUGAGCCCUUUCUAAACUAUCUUAUAAUAAUUAUUAAUUUCUCUCUCA